CGUCGCCGUUUGGGGGUCUAAACCAGACCCGGCUCCAGAAUGCUCCAAAAAGCCCCCAAAAUCCACAAGCCCCCAAAAGCCUUGAGCCUCCAAAAUCUACCAGGUCCUUUCCAGGUCCUUUUCAAGGUCCUUCUGCCCUCUUCCUACAGUCGUAGACAUACUGGCUAAAUACAUGAUAUCGCCCUCUAAUAUGUCUACAUUGUCGGUGUCACGCCCGAAAUGAACCGCCCAAAAUCCUAUAGCUCGACGGCAGCCACACCACUCCUCACUAACUUAUAUGGUGCACCAACCACGCCAACUACUGUCACAGGUACCAAUGGCUCUACCAAUAACAUCUUUGCCAAUGGCUCCCCCAGGUCCAAUAACAGUACGAACUCAACUCCAAAACAAGUAUCGCCGGUAGACAAGAUUGCUAUUCACAGCAAAGAAUAUGUCGGUCCUUGCUUCAUUGACGGGGAGAACCAUCGAAAAUGGAUAGUUUCUGUUUCUAUUAAUGGACAACCAGAACAAAUUAUUGACCUAGUCGACCCAUUCACCGAAAAGGAAUACCAUAAGAACAAUGACAACAGACUGCAACGGGGAAACCUCGAACUUAACCAAGAUCGCACCGAAAAGUAUUUCAAUAGGUUGUUUGACCAAUUAGGCCUGAGUUAUUGCCGGAAGAAGGACUGUCGUAUCUCCGUUCACGAGGAUGUCACUCAGGUCAGCGAAACGAGUGACUUUGCUAGUAUCCACUCUCUUCUUUGGGAGGUUCUCGAGCAUCCCGAGUUUUGGCCAUACAGCGAACGUAGCGAGACACCUACGAAGAGGAUCGCCAAGCGUCUUGCCUCGUAACAACCCAAGCCGAGUAUCGCGUUCUUCUUGUUAUAGCU